AUGGAUAUCUACAACGAAGCUGUUCAGCUGUUGGAGCAGGAUGCCUACUUGGAGUAUGAGCAGAAGGAAGCAUUGGCUCUUGUACUUGUAGCUGUGGCCGUAAGCAAGGCAAAAGCUAGGGGUAGAGCCAGGAAGCGUGUUAGGAAGGCCAAAACAGUGUGGGUACGUGGGUGGCUCCUACAACGCCAACAGCAUGGCUGGCACGAGAAACUGAUGAAGCAACUGGAAGAAGGAGAUGUGAGGUCAUUCAAGACUUUUCUGAGGGUUCAUCCAGAGAUGUUCAUGAAGUUGGUGGCUGACUUUACUCCCAAGAUUCAGAAGCAAGACACUAACUACAGGAAGGCUCUUCCUGCUGGUUUGAAGGUUGCUAUCACUUUGAGGUUCCUUGCUACAGGAAACUCCUACAAGAGCCUGUCCUAUGGUUUCCGUUUGGCUCCGAACACCAUUGUCAGUAUUGUCCCAGAAGUGUGCCAAGCCAUCUACGAUGGGUAUCAUGAGGGGGCCGUCAAGUGUCCAUCUACACCAGACGAGUGGAAAGAAGUGGCUAAAGGUUUUUCUGAGAAGUGGAACUUCCAUCACGUAUGUGGUGCACUGGACGGGAAGCAUAUCAGAAUACUUGCACCUCCACGAUCAGGCAGUGUCUAUUACAACUACAAAGGAUACUUUUCCAUCAUCAUGCUGGCGUUGGUAGAUGCGGAUUAA